CGAACGGACGACAGAUAUACGGAACAAAUUACUAAUCAUAUUGCAGUAAAAAUUGUGCGUGCUUGGCAUUUCAAUCAGUGAUAUCUUGUAAAUUGUCGAAAACAACUAUUAGGCACCGAUUAGCAUGGAGGAUGGUAAAGAAGAACACCAGUUCGUCGUGGACGAUGUGAGCAAAAUUAUUAAGGAAGCAAUAGAAACCACGAUCGGGGGCAACGCAUAUCAACAUGACAAAGUCAACAACUGGACCGCAUCCGUGGUGGAGAGUUGCCUUACCGUGCUAACAAAGUUACAGAAGCCUUAUAAAUAUAUUGUAACGUGCAUGAUUAUGCAGAAAAAUGGCGCUGGCUUACAUACGGCGAGUUCCUGUUAUUGGAAUAACGAAACAGAUGGCUCUUGCACUGUACGCUGGGAAAAUAAGACAAUGUACUGCAUCGUUUCGGUAUUUGGACUUUCGAUAUAAAAAAUAUAAUGUAAUUUUCCCAUUAGGAUAAACUAUUGAAGGAGUUGCAAAACUUCUGCAGUAGCAUAUAGUUGUAGAAAAAAGAUCAAUUUGAAAUUUCUCCCUUAAUUUUCUGCCGCUAAUUGAAUGAUCUUUUUUGUUUGCUUAUUUUUAUUCAACUAUGAACUGUUGAUGAAAGGAAAACGUAUGGUCGAAACUAAAAGCGCAAAGAUAAUAUGCCGCUUACUGUGCUUUAUGUAUCAUGAAUAUGAGAGACACCAUUUUCUAUGAAGGAAAAUGCAGUAGUUAUGAAUUUUAUAAUAAAUUAUUUUUAUUGAUCUAUAAUUUACAAUAACAAUUGAUUACUAACACGCUUUAAAGGAAGUGGAAUCAAAACAUCCAGUUCCAUCGACUUAAGUCAUAUUCAAAAGAGGAAUAAAAUACGGAAGCCUAUUAUUUCUCACCGUGAUGCUUAUUUUUGAGGGAUUCUAGGUUGAAACAAUAUACAAUAAGCGCACGAAAUACAGAACUUCAAAACAAAAGCCAUAAUUUGCAGGGCAUGAAUUUAGGGAGUUGUUUUUUUCUCAUAAUUACAUGCAAAUCCCACACAACCUGGAUUGAGCAAAAAAUAAACAUGUAGUAAUAACUUUGUAUUUAACAUGUUUUGUAUGCAUUCAGUGCCCCGUUCAGCGCGGAAAAAAUUAUCCGCGUUAAUCAGGAUCUGCUUGUAUACCGCGUUAGGCUGUGCAUUUGUGAAGGAAACUUGAAUGAAACAUCAGAAAAACAAAAAAAAACAGAUGAGUACAGUAAUUAAGAACCGCUGGAAGCUAAAGCACAUUUUUGCGUCCGUUUCAACAUAAUAUUGCAGAAUUAAUAUCCGGUAUAACAAGUAAAAUCACAGCUGUCUGGAAUAAAAGUGUUAAGAAACGGUUUGUUAUCGUGGUAGAAGAGGAAUUUACCAAAUCAAUUGUGAUCGGUGUAUGUUUUACGAAGUCAAGCGCACUAUUUCCAUUGAUUGAGUUUGUAGUAAGCGUUCCGUAGCAGUGACAUGGUUAUGAAGAACAUUGAAUAGAAUAUAAGAACAAUCU